AUGGCUCCACACGAUUAUCCCAAGGGGAGCAUCCCCAAGCGGCUCAUCGUUGCCAUCAUGAUCUUUAUUGCAUGUGCCACGUCAUUCAUGCUACGAGUACAAAUGUCAAUCAACAUAAUUGCAAUGGUGCAAGCAUCCACCAAAUCAGACAUAACGACUCCGAUGCCUGCAAAUCAAGCCAUCACUCAGGAAACAGUUAGCACCGCAAGCGAAAGUUUUACUAACGAAACAUUGCCGGUGACAACACUUGGGCCGCCUCUGACAGUAUUUGGAAAUGAUCCUGAGGCGUCGAAGAAGAAACUUCGUUACUACGGUCCCCGAUACAAUUGGGAUCAGCGGAUGCAGGGUCAGAUCUUGGGGGCAUAUUACUAUGGGUACCUUUUCACAUCGCUUCCGGCCGGAAUGAUGGCCGACAGAUUUGGAGCGAAAGUGCUUUUGACAAUUUCGUUCGUAUUGAGUUCAAUAACCAUAGCACUUACGCCCGUAUUCGCUAGUUUGGGUGCUUGGUACGUAAUUGGAUCUAGAGUAUUCGUCGGAGUUUUGGCGGGGUUUGUCUAUCCAGCGUUACACAAACUCAUCUCCCGAUGGAUACCUCCGAAUGAACGUGGUAAGGUGAUAGCUUGUCUUUCCGGGGGCGGGACAUUUGGAACCGUCGUAACGUGGCCGAUCUCUGGCCUGAUAAUCGAUCGUUUAGGCUGGGACUACGCGUUCUACUUGCCUGCUCUGUUUGUACUCGCCAUCGCUGUUAUUUGGAUAUCGCUCAUCGAAAAUUCACCCGCAAAGCACAAGACCAUCAGUGACGAGGAACGGCUGUACAUCGAGGAUUCUCUUGGAGCAACCAUUUCAAAGGCCAAAUCCUGGCCUCCAUUCCGACAGGUUUUCACCUCGCUACCUUAUCUGUCGCUACUGCUUCUGCACUACGGCAACUUCUGGGGUAUGAACCUCUUCAGUACCCAGACGCCCAAAUUCAUAAACGAGGUGCUCGGCUUCAAGCUGUCCAAUGCCGGUAUUCUCUCUUCUCUACCGUAUUUGGCACGCAUGUUCUCCGGCUUCUUCUUCGGCAUCAUAGGUGAUCGGAUACGGCAGAAAGAGCUGAUGAGCACCACCGCCAUCAGGAAAACCUUCUGUUUCGUUUCUCACAUUUUGCCGGGAACAUUCCUGAUAGUCCUACCAUUUGUGGCCAAGGAUCCGCUCGUUUGCGUAGGCUGCAUGAUUGCCUGCCUAGGUUUCAAUGGAGCGGCAACCAUCACAAAUCUGGUCAACGCACAGGAUCUGGCGCCCAACUUUGCCGCCACCUUGUACGGAUUCAUGAACUUCAUCGGAACGACCGCCGGAUUUCUGGCACCGAUGAUGGUGGCUUUCUAUACCGAAGAAUCGAACACAAUUGAACAGUGGAAAAAUGUGUUUCUUAUCAGCGCAGGAAUUUACAUCUUGUGUGGGUGUGUUUUUGUGGUGUUUGGUUCUGGAAAGGUGCAAAAGUGGAACGACGUACAGGCCCCGACAACGAGCUCAAAUGGCGUUGAGAACAAUAACGAAAAGAAGCUUUAG